AUGUCGAGCAGCAGCGGCAAUAGCUCCAUCGUCGCUGUACAUUACCGAGUUGGCAAGAAAAUAGGAGAAGGCAGCUUUGGUGUGAUAUUUGAGGGCACAAACCUCCUUAACUCACAGACUGUGGCUAUUAAAUUCGAACCACGUAAAUCAGAUGCACCACAACUCCGCGAUGAAUACAGAUCCUACAAAAUACUCGCAAAUUCACCGGGAAUCCCUCAAGUCUACUACUUUGGUCAAGAAGGCUUGCACAAUAUCCUUGUCAUCGACUUACUUGGCCCUUCGCUUGAAGAUUUAUUCGAUAUGUGUAGCAGGAAAUUUAGCAUAAAAACGGUCGUAAUGACAGCCAAGCAAAUGAUUUCUAGAGUUCAAUCCAUUCAUGAGCGUAACCUCAUCUAUCGUGAUAUUAAACCUGAUAAUUUUCUCAUUGGUCGUCCGAAUACCAAGAAUGGCUCCACUGUUCAUGUUAUUGACUUUGGUAUGGCCAAGCAAUACAGAGAUCCAAAGACUAAGCAGCACAUUCCUUAUAGAGAGAGAAAAUCCCUUUCUGGCACUGCUAGGUACAUGUCCAUCAAUACUCACUUGGGUAGAGAACAAUCUAGACGCGACGACUUGGAAUCAUUGGGUCAUGUCUUCAUGUAUUUCCUUCGUGGUGGACUUCCUUGGCAAGGCUUGAAAGCUGCUACCAAUAAGCAGAAGUAUGAGAAGAUUGGUGAAAAGAAGCAACUCACUCCCAUCAAAGAGCUCUGUGAGGGCUACCCGGAGGAGUUUGGCAUCUACCUUAACUAUGUUAGGAAACUUGGAUUCGAAGAAACCCCCGAUUAUGAUUUCUUGAGAGAUUUGUUCACUAAAGUGUUGAAGAACUCUGGUCAAGUUGAAGACGGUGUCUACGAUUGGAUGUUGAUUAAUAACGGAAAGGGUUGGGAAGCUGCUCAAUCAUCUGCACACCGUGAUCAUCAUCACAGACAUCGUGAGAGAGAAAGAGAGAGAGCAGACUAUAGAAGAUCUCAAGCCGCUGCUGCUGCUGCUGCUGCUGCAGGUGGAAAUGGACAAAGUGGUAACACAGCAGGUGGCGUUUUACCACCAUCUCCCGCUUUAGUCAGACAUGGAUCGAAACGUGGUCGCAAUACAGGGAAUUUGAACACGUCGUCACAGAUGCUCACACCGGCAUCACCCGCUAAUGGUCAGCAACCACCGAAUUCACGCAGACAGUCACAGCAAAACCAAAUGAAUAAUCAACAUCCAUACGCCUCCACUACAGGUGCUGUUAUGUCUCCUUCAGAUGCUGGUGACGGAAAUGCAGGAUCUCCUUCGCCUGGAAGAGAAGGUAAUCGCGGGAAAGGAUAUUUUAACAAUCAACAAGAAAAUCAAGGUAUAUCAAAUCAAAAUGUUGAUCAAGCUGGUGGAAUCAAUCAAACUAACUCACAGGACAAGUCUAAGAAAGGUUCAAGUAAUAAAUUAAUGGACAUACUAACUUGCCGUUGUAUAUGA